UUUUUUAAGGACAUCAUGAGUUUGGAAGAACAGUUUAUAUCUAUACGGAAAUCUGUGUUUGCACAAUGUAAACGCAUUCUUGGCACUUUUUUAAGCGACUGUUGCUGGUAUGACUUAACAACAACUCAAUCACAUCACGAAAUUAGUAUUAUACUAAAUGUUUCCGGAAUCAUUCCAGAAUGGGACAAGAAACGAUUUCUCAUGUUAAAAGCACCUGAUGUACCAGAAUCGUUCCGGCAGAUCGUGUCUCCUGAUGGAUAUAUCCACCGUAAUCUUUUUCAAAACUGGUUUCACAGUAAUUUCAAACCAACAAAUUACAUUCACUUGAAUGGCAUUCAGCACACUAUUACUCUUUGCCCGACUUUAAAAUUCCCGUGGUCGCAAUGGCCGCUGGAAGAUCCUCCAGUUUGUCCCGAAGUUUUUAACAAAUGGAGUUGGUACGCUACAAUGUCGGAGAGACCGGGUGUUAACGAUGAUCGUACUUUUUUGAUUCGUUGCCCAGAAUUGGUGAUUGAAUUGACUAAAGACGUCAAACAUUUUGAAGAAGUCUUUAGGACCAUGACACGGCUUAGCCAACAAAUUAAUUUAAAACACAUAAAUAAGCAUAUGAUAAGAUCCUUAAUGCUCCAUCAAAUCUCAAACGUUGACUGGGAAAGGAGUGUGAAAAGUCUUGUUGCGGAGAUGUGGACCCGUCUUGUGGAUCACCUGCGUGCCGGCCGACUGGACUAUUUUUUAGGCUAUGGACACAACAGCUUUGAUUGCAUGGAUCGCGAAGAACUCGAUGAAUGUCUAUCUAAAGCUCGAAUGAAACUUUUUGAACUUCUCGAAUCGUAUUCCAUCGAAUUCGAUGAUGAAAUCCCUGCCUAAAUAAGAUCGUAUAUUGCAGUCUAUAAAUCAUUACCCGAAAAACUUCUUUUAGUUUAUUCCAAAUGUUAUUAAUUUAAAGUAACAAAUAAUUUACUGUAUUCAACAAAAUAAUUAUGCAAG